GGGUGGGCGGGGGAGGGAGGGGAGGGACGGCGAGCGGAGCGGGGCCGCGCAGCGCUUCUCCUCCCUCCUCCUCUUCCUCCUCCUCCUCCGCGGGGCCGAGCCGAGCCCUCCGCCCGCCGCACAGCGGAGCCCGGACCAGCGGGGGCGCCAGCCGGGGCUGCGCGCUGCCGUCCCCGCUCCGCGCUGCCAUGCCGGCCCCCGCCGCCCGCCUGCUGCUCGCCGCGCUGCUCUGCGGAGCGGCCGCGGCCGCUCGAGUUAACAAGCAUAAGCCAUGGAUUGAAACAACCUAUCAUGGCAUAGUUACAGAAAAUGACAACACGGUGCUCUUGGACCCCCCUCUAAUAGCCCUGGACAAAGAUGCACCUCUGCGUUUUGCAGAGAGUUUUGAGGUGACAGUCACCAAAGAAGGUGAGAUUUGUGGAUUUAAAAUCCACGGGCAGAAUGUUCCCUUUGAAGCAGUGGUAGUGGAUAAAUCCACUGGUGAGGGAAUAAUACGCUCUAAGGAAAAGCUUGACUGUGAGCUGCAGAAGGACUACACGUUCACCAUCCAGGCCUACGACUGUGGGAGGGGACCAGAUGGAGCAAACGCAAAAAAAUCCCACAAGGCCACCGUGCACAUCCAGGUGAACGACGUGAACGAGUACGCGCCGGUGUUCAAGGAGAAGUCCUACAAGGCCACGGUCAUCGAGGGCAAGAGGUACGACAGCGUCCUCAAGGUGGAGGCCGUGGAUGCAGACUGCUCCCCCCAGUUCAGCCAGAUCUGCAGCUACGAGAUCGUGACUCCGGACGUGCCCUUUGCCAUCGACAAGGACGGUUAUAUAAAAAACACAGAAAAGUUAAGCUAUGGUAAAGAACACCAGUAUAAACUGACAGUAACAGCCUAUGACUGUGGGAAGAAGAGAGCUGCUGAGGAUGUGUUGGUUAAAAUUAGCAUUAAGCCUACGUGCAAGCCUGGCUGGCAAGGUUGGAGCAAAAGAAUAGAAUACGAGCCUGGCACUGGUUCCUUGGCUCUGUUCCCUGGGAUGCAUUUGGAGACAUGUGAUGAGCCAAUAACCUCAGUUGAAGCAACGGUGGAACUAGAAACCAACCAUAUUGGUAAAGGCUGUGAUAGAGACACCUACUCUGAGAAAUCCAUCCACAGGCUCUGUGGUGCUGCCUCUGGCACAGCUGAGCUGCUCCCCCCUCCAAGCAGUGCUGCUAACUGGACUGUGGGGCUGCCCACGGAUAAUGGCCACGACAGCGACCAGGUCUUCGAGUUUAACGGCACUCAGGCUGUGAAGAUUCCAGAUGGUGUUGUCACAGUCAAUCUGAAAGAGCCCUUCAUGAUUUCAGUAUGGAUGAGGCACGGGCCCGGAACCAAGGAGAAAGAGACAAUUCUGUGCAAUUCAGACAAGACAGAUAUGAACCGGCACCACUACAUGCUGUACGUGCACAACUGCCGCCUGGUCUUCCUGUUCCGCCAGGACCCCUCCGAGGGAAAGUCCUACAAACCUGCCGAGUUCCACUGGAAGCUCAAUCAGGUGUGUGACAAAGAGUGGCACCACUACGUUGUCAACGUCGAAUUUCCCGCCGUGUCUCUGUACGUGGAUGGGGUUUCCUACGAUCCUUUCCCAGUCACUGAGGAUUACCCACUCCACCCUUCCAAGAUAGAAACACAGCUGGUGGUUGGAGCAUGCUGGCAAGAAUAUACAGGAAGUGAAAAUGACAAUGAAACUGUGCCCGAGACCUCUGCAGGUGGUGAACUGCGCAUGGCUCAGUUUUUCCGAGGCAAUCUGGCAGGGCUGAUGAUCCGUUCUGGUAAACUGGAGAACAAGAAGGUGAUUGAUUGCCUCUACACCUGCAAAGAGGGGCUGGAUUUGCAGAUGGCUGAUGGCGUUGGCAAAGGUGUGAAGAUCCACAUGAGCCCGAGCCAGUCCACGCUGACCAUAGAGGGGGAUGACAUUGACAGGGUGGACAAGGCCAUGCAGCACAUUUCCUACCUGAACUCCCGCCAGUUCCCAACUCCUGGCAUUCGGAGGCUGAAGAUCACCAGCACUGCCAAGUGUUUCAAUGAAGAGGCCUGUGUCUCCAUUCCCUCUGUGGAGGGGUAUGUCAUGGUCCUGCAGCCGGAGGAGCCAAAAAUCAGCCUGAGUGGCAUCAACCACUUUGCCCGCUCUGCCUCGGAGUUCGAGAGCGCCGAGGGCGUUUCCCUGUUCCCGGAGCUGCGCAUCAUCAGCACCAUCACCCGCGAGGUGGAGCCCGAGGGCGACGGGGACGAGGAUCCCACGGUUCAAGAGUCUUUGGUAUCUGAAGAGAUCAUGCACAACCUGGAUAUGUGUGAGGUGACAGUGCUGGGAGAGGAACUAAAUCAGGAACAAGAGAGCCUGGAGAUUGACAUGACACGAUUGCAGCAGAAAGGCAUUGAGAUGAGCAGUUCCAACCUGGGCAUGAUAAUCACAGGGGUGGACACCAUGGCUAACUACGAGGAGGUUCUGCACCUGAUCCGCUACCGGAACUGGCGCACGGCGUCCCUGUUCGACAGGAAGUUCAGGCUGCUCUGCUCCGAGCUCAACGGCCGCUACGUCAGCAACGAGUUCCAGGUGGAGGUGAAUGUUAUCCACACAGCCAGCCCAGUGGAACAUGCCAAUCACAUUGCUGCACAGCCACAGUUCAUUCACCCAGUGCAUCAUUCCUUUGUUGAUCUCUCUGGGCACAACUUGGCAAACCCUCAUCCCUUUUCAGUUGUCCCCAGCACAGCCACGGUGGUGAUCGUGGUGUGUGUCAGCUUCCUGGUGUUCAUGAUCAUCCUGGGCGUGUUCCGCAUCCGCGCCGCGCACCAGAGAACCAUGAGGGACCAGGACACGGGCAAGGAGAACGAGAUGGACUGGGACGACUCUGCUCUGACCAUCACUGUGAACCCCAUGGAGACUUAUGAGGAUCAACACAGCAGUGAAGAGGAGGAGGAGGAGGAGGAAGAAGAAAGUGAAGAUGGAGAAGAAGAUGACAUCACUAGUGCAGAGUCUGAAAGCAGUGAGGAGGAAGAGGGAGAGCAGGAGGAGGACCAACAGAAUGUCAACAGACAGCAGCAGCUGGAGUGGGAUGACUCUACCCUCAGUUAUUGAUUCUAGCUGCUCCCUUUGUCUUUCUGUUCCCGCUCUAGAAGACUCCACUGUCACACACUCCAUUGGUACCAAGGAUUCAUGGUGUUUAAAACAAAAAAAUUCAUUCUGGCCAGUAGAUUGACCCCCACACAAGCCGUGUUUGUGUUCUGUCAGCUAGUUCCUGGUGUUUAGGGUUGUAGUUAGCACCUCUUCCUUCAGCCAUGCCUCAGUGACUGGAUUUUUUUUACGCUCUGUGAGGAACCACCUUGCACUUUUUUCUUCAUGUCAUCUCAGCUCAGUGACUCUACAGCUCUGUAGCCAUUGCACAUGAAUUUCUGAACUGUCUUUUUUUGCUCAGUGAAACAAACUUGGCUUUGUUCCUUUUUCUCUUUCUAAACGAUGCAAAGAUUGCUUGUUGACAAAGGGUAAAGCUGCUCAUUUCAGCCUGUUGAUUUCUUUUAAUUUUUUUUCCCCAAAUUAGUGCAUGUGUAAAGUGGCAGAAUGAGGUUAAUAUGUAGAAGAUUAACAAGACUUUUUAAUAUUUUGUAAAUAUAUUGGAAUUAUGUAAUUAUGUCAUUUGUGGUAGUGAAAACAGGGAUUGGGGUUUAAAACAUGCUAAAGUGAAAAAUCAUGCAGCAUGAACUAUUCCAAGUCUCAUCCUACUGCAGCAGGAGCACGGGCACAGUUCUUAGUGUAGAUGUUCAGUAACUCUGUCUUGGCCUUGAUGCCAUGUGUGCUCAUGCCCCGCUCUCCUUCAACUCCUUCCUUUUCUUUCAUCUCCUUUUUUUUUUGCAGAGGGAACAGACAAGCUUGUGAGAGGUUGUAAAGGCUUUAGGAGCCUCUGCAGAGGUUCAGCUCCCCCGUGCACUACAGUUUGUUUUUAAUUUUAUUUUUUUUUCUCCAAUUAUGGCUUGCCAUAAAGGCUUUUAAGUUAUUGGGGAAAUAACACUACAUGCAUGGUGGGCAGAUCUGUGUGCUGUGGCUGUGGCCACAGCUCCUGGUAGUUCUGGGGAGAGUGCCUGGAGUCCAGGGUGGGCUGUGCACACUGCAGGCAGCUCUGGGUGUAGGGGAGUCUGAGACCUGGGUACCUGAGCACCUGGGCUACCAGUCUACAUGGAUAGGGAUUUAGGGGUUUUUUGUUGUUAAUGUUUUCUAAUUUGGAAGUGGGAGGGUUUGGGAUGUAGCUGAUACCACUGAACACUCCUGCUCCUCCCCUGCAGCCCCUUGUACAGAUUGUUGUUGUUUUCAGCCUUUGUUUACACUUAGUAAUUGUGUUUUCCUGCUGGUGAAAAACUGUAGCAUAAAUUAUCCGACCAGAAAACCUUGGGAAUCACGUUAAUUCAUGUAAUUUGGGUUGUUUCUGAUCCCAGUUCCAAUCUGGGGUUGCAGAGGGCAGUAGCUGGAAGGUACAAACAUGGGGGGGCUGUUUUUUCUGUCAGGCAGGGUUGUUUAACUUUAUUUGGUCUGAUGCAGAGUCGUGAAUAAUGAAUUUCUGCUUGAUCUCUGAGGAGGUGGAUUAAAGAGUAACUUGCUCUGCCUGUAGCAGGAGCCUGGGACUGCACUCCCUCCUGAGCACGGUAAGCCGAGCGCCAGCGUCCGCUCCUGGGCGCAGAGCCCAGCGUGCCAGGGCAGGGCCAGGGGCACUGGGGAAGGGCCAGAGAGGGGCACGGGGGUCCUGAGCCCCAGAGGGAUAAAGGAUCAGGGCUGAGCACGUGUGUGUACAGCUGGAUUGCAGAGCAGCCCCCUCCCACCUGCGGGGAUCCAUGGGGUUUGCUCUGGGGGAGCCUGACUGAGGAGUGCCUUUAAACAGAGAUGGACCUGGCAGCAGGGGAAGAACCCACACCAGAGCUUACUGUUUUUUGGGGUUGGUUUUGGUUUUGUUUUGGUUUUUUUUAAUGUAAAAUUUUAGAUUUCUAAAAUGGGGAAAUGGUUUUGACUACUUAGGUGGUAAUUAACUGCUAGUUUUAAGUAAACUGGGAAACUUUUAACUUAUGUCUGACAGUUGUCCUGUGUUAAUGUGUAGAAGACUUAUCCUUCCAUAUACUGUUGCUGUAGCUGCUGUAUUUUAGACCAAAACUGAUCAUGAAUGGUAAUACUGAGGGCUUGUAAUGUCCUGAUGCAGUUUGUAGCCACUGUGGGUAUAACUUUUCAGAUGUGUAUAUUGGUAACAGGUCAGUUUGGAAAGUCUAUAAGCUACAAUAAAUUUCUGGUUCUAAA